CGCUAUGCUAACAUCCAACAGAACUUGAUGCUACUCGGCUAAAUGCUUUCGGAUCAAGUCUUCUACUACACACGUGGUUUUGUUGCGUUUAUAACACUUGUCAGCAGAAGUAAAGCAAGUCGCAAUCUUCCGUAUUCGGUCUUCGCUGCGUUCUCGGAGAAGUUAGUUGGCUAAAGCGUUCGAAUGGAAAUGUCAACAAUCCUGAGUUUAAGACAGUUUAUCAACGAGAGGUUACACACUGCUGCUGAAGACAUAUGUGGAUGUUUUGAAGCGACUGUCGCAAAGUACGAGGAUGAGAUCGGUCGUCAGCGCAGACUGCUGGAUGUAACUUUGAAACCUGUAGUAAAGCUGCAGAGAAUAGAGCUUCCACAGCGACAUGUCUGUAUCAAGGAAGAGUUUCCUGCUGACCUGCUGGAGAGGAACCCCAGUCCAGACCAAGAGGAGCCAGAACCUCCACAGAUUAAGGAGCAGCAGGAGGAGCACUGCAUCGAGCUCCCAGAGCAACAUUUUCUGAUUGAGGAUGAGUUUCCACCUGACCAGCAGCUCUGGAACCUUGAGAGGAACCCCAUUCUGGAACAAGAGGAGCCAGAACCUCCACAGAUUAAAGAGGAGGAGGAGCACUGCAUCGGUCUGGAAGUAGAGCAGCCUGUACUGAAGCAGGAGGAUCAAGAUAACCUUUUGUUGAAUCCUACUUUCAUGGAAACUGACCACAGUGAACCAGAACCAAGUGACCACCAGCUCCUCUCCCACAGCUCAGCUCAGAGCCAAGAUCUCAACGGACGCAAACAUGGAAACUCAACAUCAGUGAGUAAUGCAGAGCAGGCAUCAGAAAAGGGACAUCAUGUGAUCAUGAGAGCAAAAGAAAGCACAAGUCCCAGUAACCUUGCAUGUAGCACUACCAUGUCAAAGAUUGUGCCAAAUAUCUGCAAGAGUAAAAAGGUUUUCCAGUGUGACACUUGUGGAAAAGUCUUUAAGUGGAAGUCACGAUUAAAUAGACAUCUGAAGGUGCUGACAGGAGUGGAAAAGCAUUCUUGUGAAAUGUGUGGAAAAAGUUUCACAACUAGCACAAAUUUGAAGAUGCACGAGAGAACGCACAAGGGCGAGAAACCUUUUUCUUGCAAAACUUGUGGGAGAAGUUUUAUGCGUGGAAAUCACCUGCAGACACACGAGAGAACGCACACGGGCGAGAGACCUUUUCCUUGCAAAACUUGUGGGAGAAGUUUUACAACUAGAAUGAAUCUGCAGAGACACGAGAGAACGCACACUGGCGAAAAACCUUUUUCUUGCAAAACUUGUGGGAGAAGUUUUACAACUAGAAAUCACCUGCAGGUCCAUGAGAGAACACACACGGGCGAGAGACCUUUCUCUUGCAAAACUUGUGGGAGAAGUUUUAGCCGGAGAAAUACCCUGGAGAGACACGAGAGAACGCACACGGGCGAGAGACCUUUCUCUUGCAAAACUUGUGAGAGAAGUUUUAGCCUGAGAAAUACCCUGAAGGACCACGAGAGAACACACACGGGUGAGAGACUUUUCUCUUGCAAAACUUGUGGGCGAAGUUUUAUGCGUGGACAUCACCUGCAGAGACACGAGAGAACGCACACUGGCGAGAAACCUUUUCCUUGCAAAACUUGUGGGAGAAGUUUUACAACUAGAAUGAAUUUGCAGGUCCACGAGAGAACGCACACGGGCCAGAAACCUUUGUAACCGUCUGCUAAACCUGCCAGUUUAUGCAUACUGUUUUAUUCUGUUAUUUGGGUUGGGCUUAUUCUGUUCUUUAUGUUCAACUAUGUAUUGGGUUAUUUAAGUUAGUAAUUUGUUGUCUUUUUACACGUAGCGACUCUCCUCACAUAAAUACCUGUAGCUUUAAGGAGCGGACCAUUUUAAUAAACGCACCCGACCCCUUGCUUCUGGACCAAUGCAAAUAUAACACCUGCCGUACAGCCGCGGCACAAGAAUAGUAGCAGCAAGAACGACAGGAAGCCAGCAGAGGCAAUUCACAACCUUAUAAUAGUAAUAUAAUGAUAAAUUACUUCCCCUCGCCGAGCGGAACGAGGUAAGGAAGCUGGUUCGACUCACUUUGCUGCAGGUAGCGCGGAAUGAGAGUCGCUAAGUCCCAUUGACUCUCUAAACUUUGUCUCACGUGGUUAUGUUUGUCUAUUUUAACAGUUGUAUUUGGCUUAUCUUGUUGCGUUUACUGUCAUUUUAGUUUUACGGCUCUACGAUGAGGUGAAACAAUAAAGAGCUGUGACAUCA